GUCUCUGCAAGUCCCGGCCCGCGCCAGGCAGCUGAAGUCGCUGUCUCCUGCUGCGAUGCUGGUCUUCGGCUGUCGGCCCCUCAGGGCUCUCUUGGGAGCCCUGGGUGGCAGUCUCCGGGCCCCCGCCAGCCACCGGAGCUUGACUUCUUGCAUCGACCCUUCCAUGGGACUAAAUGAAGAACAGAAAGAAUUUCAGAAAGUGGCCUUUGACUUUGCCGCCCGGGAAAUGGCCCCAAAUAUGGCAGAGUGGGACCAGAAGGAGCUAUUUCCAGUGGAUAUGAUGCAGAAGGCAGCCCAGCUGGGCUUUGGGGGAGUGUACGUGCGAACAGAUGUAGGGGGCUCUGGCCUGUCACGGCUUGAUACCUCUGUCAUCUUUGAAGCCUUGGCCACAGGCUGUACCAGCACCACAGCCUAUAUGAGCAUCCACAACAUGUGUGCCUGGAUGAUUGAUAGCUUUGGAAAUGAGGAUCAGAGGCACAAAUUUUGCCCACCGCUCUGUGCCAUGGAGAAGUUUGCUUCCUACUGCCUCACUGAACCAGGAAGUGGGAGUGAUGCUGCUUCCCUGUUGACCUCAGCGAAACGACAAGGAGAUCAUUACAUCCUCAAUGGCUCCAAGGCCUUCAUCAGUGGUGCUGGUGAAUCAGAUAUCUACGUGGUCAUGUGCCGAACAGGAGGGCCAGGCCCCAAGGGCAUCUCGUGCAUACUCGUUGAGAAGGGGACCCCUGGCCUCAGCUUUGGCAAGAAGGAGAAGAAGGUGGGGUGGAACUCCCAGCCAACCCGAGCCGUGAUCUUCGAAGACUGUGCUGUCCCUGUGGCCAACAGGAUUGGGAAUGAGGGGCAGGGCUUCCUCAUUGCCAUGAAAGGACUGAAUGGAGGGAGGAUCAACGUUGCUUCCUGCUCUCUGGGGGCUGCUCAUGCUUCAGUCAUCCUCACCCGAGACCACCUCAAUGUCCGGAAGCAGUUUGGAGCACCUCUAGCUAGUAACCAGUACUUACAAUUCAAACUGGCUGACAUGGCGACAAGGCUGGUGGCCUCGCGGCUGAUGAUCCGCAGUGCGGCAGUAGCUCUGCAGGAGGAGCGGGAAGAUGCAAUAGCCCUGUGCUCCAUGGCCAAGCUCUUUGCUACAGAUGAAUGCUUUGCUAUCUGCAACCAGGCUUUACAGAUGCAUGGAGGCUAUGGCUACCUGAAGGAUUAUGCUGUUCAGCAGUUUGUGCGUGACUGCAGGGUCCACCAGAUUCUAGAAGGCAGCAAUGAAGUGAUGAGGAUGCUGAUCUCCCGAAGCCUGCUCCAGGAGUAGCAGCCCCACACGACGUCCAGGCAUGGAGUACCCUCAGCGGCUGCAGUCCGUGCCGAGUGGUUCCUCGUGGGCUGCUCCAUGCUAAGUGGAUGAUGGAUUCGAUUGAAGGAGUGGGCUCUAGAGGAACCUGACUGUGCUGGCAUCAGUGUUGACUGACUACAGCAGAGUCCUCAGGGGAAAUGGAAGAGCUACCCUGAUGAGAACGUCACAAAGCAUACUACCUUGAUUUCCUGGCGCCUGAGAGGCGACCAGUGAAGGUACCCUGUCAAACCGAGGUCCUUGCUUGGAUCCCAAUUGUCUUGAUUUGUCUGCAUCCUGCUGGUCCACUGAAUCCUGAUUCUAGGAGCCAUUGAGGCUUUUCCUGAUGGUAGAGCCAAGGAUAUGGAGAGGGAACUGGAGAGAGAAUGCGCUCCUAUCUGUUUUGCUUGUAGCACAGCUACAGGGCAGAAGGUUUCUGUAGAUCACUCCUCUGGAUAUAGAUCAUGGUACAAUGAGCAACUGGGACACUACCCCAAACCUGUGAUUUAUGACAAAUCUCCACGCCUAGCCUGCCUGAACAUCAAGGGCUGAGAUGACUAGGAAUGUUGAAUAUUUGUUAUUUUUCAUUUUGAGAAGCCUGUGGUCUAGAAAUGGAAUGCAGGGUUUCUAUAACCCUUUCUCAUAUAUUGAGUAUAAUUUUUUUUUCUGAGUUUCUGAGUUGCUCUUUAUAAAUGUUUUUGAUCACCACCUUGAUAAAUAAAAUCUACCCCUUUCUAGACUA